GCAGCGGAAGCAGUAGUGGAAGUGUGGCUGUGUUUGUGUGAAAAGCUCAGCGCGGGUCAGUUGCUCCAUCCGAACUAUCCUUCGAUUACCUGCCGGAACCAGGACUCUGCCGGUUCUACCAGGAAACAACAAGACUCACCGCGACUCUCCUCCGGCGGUGGUUCCAUCAUGGCGGCCGGAGGUAGUUCGGUUCCUCCGCAGCUCGGAGACGUAGAAGAAGACGCUUCUCAGCUUCUGUUUCCUAAAGAGUUCGAGAACGCGGAGACGCUGCUGAACUCGGAGGUCCACAUGCUGCUGGAGCACCGGAAGCAGCAGAACGAGAGCGCCGAGGACGAGCAGGAGCUGUCCGAGGUCUUCAUGAAGACGCUCAACUACACGGCCCGCUUCAGCCGCUUCAAGAACCGCGAGACCAUCACCGCCGUGCGCAGCCUCCUCCUGCAGAAGAAGCUCCAUAAGUUCGAGCUCGCCAGUUUGGCCAAUCUGUGUCCAGAAGCCGCCGAAGAGGCCAAGGCUCUGAUCCCCAGUUUGGAGGGUCGGUUUGAGGAUGAGGAGCUGCAGCAGAUCCUGGAUGAUAUCCAGACCAAGAGGAGCUUCCAGUACUGACCCGGUACCAUCCGGACCUUCCAGUACCAAUCCAGUCUGAUGCUAUCUGAUCUUUCUGUGUGCUGUAUAAAUAAAACUUUCUCUGUUUUUUUUUUUUA